CUCUGUAGCUGACAUGACACAAGUUAAUGGAGGCAGGUCUUCAGUGGCGCAGUCUUACCUCCGUCCUGCACUCGACCGAGGCAACCUACAUAUUGUCUCCAGAGCCCACGUCACACAGAUUCUGUUUGAUGAUGAGAAGCGAGCAGUUGGCGUUACAUACGAGCACCUGGGCAAGGUUCGCAAAGUGUUGGCACGGCGAGAAGUGAUAGUGUCAGCAGGAGCUGUUGGUUCCCCUCACCUGCUGAUGGUGUCAGGUAUCGGCCCGGCUCAGCACCUCACUCAGCAUGGGAUACCAGUGGUGGUUGACCUGCCUGGAGUGGGCAGCAACCUGCAGGAUCAUCCCUCCAUCUUUGGCCUCACCUGGACAGUUAAGCCAGGAUCUGGUGUCAAUCUCUUCAAUCUAGUCAGUCCUGUGCACAUCAAAAACUACGUCAACAACAGACAAGGUCCUUUAACAAGUCCACUGGGAGUGGAGGCCAAUGCCUGGAGCCUGGCUGAGGUGGGUGACCCCUAUUGGCCUGACCUUCAGUACCUCUUCAUAUCCGGCACUCCGGCUCUUGAUGAUGGUCUCUUCAUCACUGACAUCAUCGGCUUCAGGAGAGAUUUCUUCCAUAGAUAUUUUGGCCCAAUUAAAGGUCAGCAGGGGUUCAACAUUGGGCCCAUGCUGACUCGACCAAAGAGCCGGGGAACCGUACGGCUGAGGUCAAGAAACCCUCGUGACCCUCCACUCAUUGACCCUAACUUCCUGAGCCAUCCUGAUGAUGUCACCACCUUCAUACGGGGUAUAAAAUUUUCUCUGGCAAUUGGCAACACGUCAGCUCUGAAGACUGAUCACGAAGCCAAAUUCUACGAUACGGUUUUGCCUGGAUGUGAGAAGGAAGUAUAUGGAUCUGAUAGUUACUGGGCUUGCUUCACUCGACACAUGGCCCAGACAACAUUCCACCCAGCUGGUACCUGCAAGAUGGCUCCACCUUCUGACCCUUACGGGGUUGUUGAUCACACACUCAAAUUACGAGGAGUAUCAGGAGUACGUGUGGUGGAUGCUUCCAUCAUGCCGCAGAUUGUGUCUGGCAACCUCAACGCACCAACCAUUAUGGUUGGUGAGAGAGCUGCUGAUCUUAUUAAGCAAGAUUGGGGCAUCUCCAUUUAAUUCUUGUUAAAAAAGUACAGUCCUUAGAAUAUACCUGGAAUAUCCCUGGAGGGUGUUCCGGGGUCAACGCCCCCAUGGCCCGGUCCAUGACCGCGAUAUAACUGACAUGAGUUAUUGCUUAAAAAUGAAACUGACCAUGGUUGGUUAUGUUAAGUGUAUACCAAUAACUGGAAAAUAUGACAUAUGCACUCGGUGUGUGUGAGAAUAAAUAACAGAAUCAAUGUGUACACAUGUGGAUAAAGACUCUCAAUAGUAUCGAUGUCCUCUCAAAAGAGGUGAGGGGUUGUGUACCACAAGGCUCGGUAUUGGACCCAUUCUCUUUCUGGGUUAUGUGAAUGACAUACCCAAUGGAAUUUUAAGUCUGAUAUAUGUCUGUUCACUGUUGACAUAAAAAUAGUGAGACUAUAAACAGAUGAGGAUGGGGAAAGGUUGCAAAUGGAUCUAGACAAACUACAAGGUUGGUCUUCUUUUUGAUUAUAAUAAUAAUAAUAAUAAUAACACAAGGUUGGUCAAAAAAGUUGUUGCUUGAAUUCAACCCCAAUAAAUUCAAAGUUAUGAAAACUGGCGAUGAGGCAAGAAGACCAGACGUAAAGUAUAGAUGAGGAACAGAACUACACGCCUUUCUCAAAGAAAAAGAUCUAGGAGUAAGCAUACUACCUACCAAAUCACAAGUCUCUCACAUCAGCCGAGAAACCUCUGCAGCCAAUGCUCAUCUGAUAAAUCUAAGACUGGCCUCCAAGAAUCUCAACAGUCAUUCCGAGUACUUCAUCCCUCACAUUAUCUUGGAGUAUGCAUCACCAGCACGCCAUCCACGCCUUAGGACGCUUAAGAAACUGGAGAAAAUGCAGAAGUAUGCAAUGAGACUAGUUCCAGAGCUGAGGGAUAUGAAUUAUGAAGAGAGACUGAAGGAAUUGAAUCUAAUAACCCUGGAGGACAGAAGGACCAGAGGAGACAUAACAACAUACAAAAUAUUAUGGAAAACUGAUAAAGCGGACAGGAAUAGGCUGUUUGUGAAGUGGAAGAUGAAGACACAAAUGAGUCUCAGGGAUGUCAGGAAGUAUUUCUUCAGUUUCAAGGUGGUCAGGAAGAGGAAUUACUUUGACGAUGUGGAGGCACUCUUCAUGCCUAAUUUUAAGAAUAAUGACAGGGCUCACGAGGCUAGGAGAGUGAAUCUGGCAAGUGGCAAGUUGAGAGCCAAGGGCAGGAACUAAGAUUUCACCCCUGCACUCACAUAUAUUCGAGAACACAAAGAGAAUGCGAGAAGAAUCAACAGCAUCAUUGUACGCGCGUACCAAUUAAUACUCACUAAGUGCCAGAGUGCAGAAUCAACAGUAUCAAUUGUAAAAAUACGUAGAAACACAGAUGAGAGUGAAUAAUCAACAGUAUCACUGUAUAUCCACCUGAAUAAACUCGUACCUAGUAUCAGAAUGUGAAGAAUCAACAAUAUCACUGUAUACUCACCUGAAUAAACUCAUACCUAGUAUCAGAAUGUGAAGAAUCAACAGUAUCACUGUAUACCCACCUGAAUGAACUCACACCUAGUAUCAGAAUUUGAAGAAUCAAUAGUAUCACUGCAUACCCGCCUGAAUAAACUCAUACCUAGUAUCAGAAUGUGAAGAAUCAACAGUAUCACUGUAUACCCCCCUGAAUAAACUCACACCUAGUAUAAGAAUAUGAAGAAUCAACAGUAUCACUAUACCAACCCGAAUAAACUCACACCUAGUAUCAUAAGAACAUAAGAACAUAAGAAAUAAGGAACACUGCAACAUGCCUACUGACCCAUGCGGAGCAGGUCCAUGUCCUCCCCCGGAUUAGACCAAUGACCCCCACGGAUUAGCCCAAUGACCCACCCAGUCUGGUCACCUCCACUCAAGGAUGGAGCACUGCACCAGACCCAGCAGCACAAGCUAGUCAGAUCCAACUCACACCCACCCACAUCCACUCAUGUAUUUAUCUAACCUAUUUUUAAAACUACACAACGUUUUAGCCUCAAUAACUGUACUCGGGAGUUUGUUCCAUUCAUCCACAACUCUAUUACCAAACCAGUGCUUUCCUAUAUCCUUCCUGAAUCUGAAUUUUUUCAACUUGAAACCAUUGCUGCCAGUCCUGUCUUGGCAGGAAAUUUUCAGCACGCUAUUUACAUCCCCUUUAUUUAUUCCUGUUUUCCAUUUAUACACCUCGAUCAUAUCCCCCCUAAUUCUACGCCUUUCGAGAGUGCAGAUUCAGGGCCCUCAGUCUGUCCUCAUAGGGAAUUUUCUGAUACAUGGGAUCAUCUUUGUCAUCCUCCUCUGUACGUUUUCCAGCGCAUUUAUAUCCAUUCUGUGAUACGGUGACCAAAACUGAACAGCAUAGUCUAAAUGAGGCCUAACCAAGGAUAUAUAGAGUUGAAAAACAACCGGAAGACUUUUAUUAUUUAUACUUCUAGAUAUGAAGCCAAGAAUUCUGUUGGCUUUAUUGUGAACAUUAAUGCACUGUUGUCUUGGAACUCCUAAAUCCUUUUCACAAUAAGUAGUAUUAAGAUUUACAUUAUUUAGUUUAUAUGUGGCAUGGUUAUUUAACUGUCCAACAUUUAGAACUUUGCAUUUGUCAAUAUUAAAUUGCAUGUGCCACUUCUCCGACCAUUGCAUAAGUCUAUUCAAAUCAUCCUGGAGUGCUCUAGUGUCCUCAUUAGAAUGAACUGGACGGCCUAUUUUGGUGUCAUCAGCAAAUUUACUUAUGUCGCUAUUUAUUCCCUCAUCUAUGUCGUUUAUGUAAAUUGUGAACAACAACGGGCCCAACACUGACCCCUGAGGAACACCCCUUGUGACGUGCCCCCAUUCUGAUUUCUCCCCAUUGAUGCAAACUCUGCUGUCUUUUUGUCAGCCAUGCGUCUACCCAGGAAAAAAAUUCUCCUCCUAUUCCGUGUGCCUUAAGUUUCCUCAAUAGCCUCUGGUGUGGAACUCUAUCGAAAGCCUUACUGAGUCCAUAUACACAAUAUCAUAUUCAUUACCAUGAUCUACCUCCUCAAACACCUAAGUGAAAAAAGUUAUUAAAUUCAUAAGUCAGGAACGCCCCUUUGUAAAACAGUGUUGAGAUUCAUUAAUCAAUCUGUGCCUGUCAAGAUUGCUACGAAUUGCUUCGGCAAUUAUUGAUUCCAUAAAUUUUCCCACUAUGGAGGUAAGGCUUAUUGGUCCAUAGUUCGAAGCCAAGGACCUGUCACCUGCCUUGUAAAUAGGUAUUACGUUUGUCAUUUUCCAUUUAUCAGGCACUAUGCCAGUUUGUAGUGAUAUGUUAAAAAGAUUAGCCAAAGGUAUGCUUAGUUCCUCUUUACAUUUUUUAACACACUUGCAAACAGUUCAUCAGGGCCUGGGGAUUUGUUAGGGUUUAGUUUCUCUAUUUGUCUGAGGACCAUGUCUCUAGUUACCACAAUCAUACAUAGUUUAUUAUCAUCCUGUUCUACAUAAUCUAUUAUUUCAGGAAUAUCGCUAGUAUUUUCCUGGGUGAAAACUGAGAGGAAGUAGGUAUUUAGUAUUUCACACAUAUCCUUAUCACUGUCAGUGAUCUGACCAGAGUUACUCUUAAGUGGGCCAAUCUUGUCCCUAAUCUUACUUCUGUAUACCUGAAAGAACCCUUUUGGAUUAUUCUUGGAAUCCCUUGCGACCUUAGCCUCAUAAUCCCUUUUAGCUUUUCUUAUUCCUUUCUUUAUUUCUCUCUUAACUGCCCAUCCCCUCUUUUGAUAACGCCUAUAUAUGCCUCUCUUUUGACCAAUGAGAUGUUUUAAUCUAUUGUUCAUCCAUUUGGGAUCAUUUUUGUUAGAUCUAAUUUCCCUACUUGGAACAAAAGUUGUCUGGGCAGCUAGAACUAUGCUCUGAAAAACGUCAUAUUGGCAACCAAGAUCACUUACCUGACCCAUAGUCAGGACAUCCUAAUUUAGCCCACCCAGAUAAUUUUUCAGUCCCAUGAAGUUGACCAAGCGAAAAUCUGGGACAGAGAUUUGAUUGCAGUUAUCUGGGUAAUUCCAUGAUAUAUUGUAACUAAGUGUUUUGUGAUCACUUUCUCCUAGCUCAUCAUUAACCUCAAGAUUAUUUAUUAGUGAAUCUUUGUUGGCAAGAACCAAGUCAAGCAGAUUGCUUCCUCUAGUUGGUUCUGUCACAACCUGUUCUAAAAAGCAAUCCUGAACCGUAUCAAGAAAGUCACUAGACUCAAGAUUUCCUGUCAUAUUGUUCUAAUCAUUUUGUCUAAAGUUAAAAUCUCCCAUUAUCACAACAUUUUCAUAUCUAGAUGCCUUAUGAAUUUCAUCCCAUAGCAGUUUACUGCCCUCCCUAUCAAGGUUUGGGGGCCUAUAAAUCACACCCAAAAUUAAUUUGUCGCGUCCCUCGAGAAACUGUAGCCAAACAGAUUCUGUGUUCGAUGUUUCUAAUCUUAUAUCAUGUCUAAGACAACAAUUUAGAUUAUCUCUGACAUAUAUCGCCACACCACCAAACUUCCUGUUGACCCUAUCAGUGUGGAAUAGUUUAUAACCCUGUAUGUUGCAUUCAGAAGGCAUUUCUCUAUCUUUCAGGUUGAACCAGGUCUCUGUUAUACCAAUAAUAUCUAUAUUACCUACACUUGCAAGUAAUCUUAGCUCAUCUAUCUUAUUUCUUAGAUUCCUACUAUUUGUAUAGUAAACUUUAAAGGAGCUAGUCACUCGUUGCCCUCUACUGUCUCUGUUUGUUGAUCAGUUGAUUUGCCAUUACUAGCAACUUUAUUUUGAAUAUUGUCUUUUAAACAUAACUCUGAGGUAUCCCAGUAAUAACUGCUGUUUUUAACCCUAAUGCUGCAGCCUGAUUGUUUCCCACAAACACCCAUACCUCUAUAAUCUAUCAGUUUAAAUUCCUAGACAAGUCAUCAAUUACCCUCUCAAUUGAAUUGGCUAAUGCAACCACUCCAUCCCCAGAGAGAUGAACCCCAUCCCUUGCAUACAUAUCACGUUUGCCAAAGAAUAGGUCCCAGUUAUCAAUGAAUGGGAUUGCAAGUUCCUUGCAGCACCUUUCUAGGCAAGAUGCUACAUAUGACUGGGAUCUCACCCUUAGACCUAACUACUUCUAUGGCUGACCUGUACUUAUCCAGCAGCUCCUCUCUCCUGCCCUUCCCAAUGUCAUUACCUCCAGCGCUAAGACAGAUACUGGGUUGUUCCCAUUACCUGCCUUAAUAUUAUCCAACUUGCUGACUAUGUCACCAACACCAGCUCCAGGAAGACACACUCUCUGUCUCACCUUUCUGUCUCUGUUACAAAAUGCACGGUCCAUAUAUCUUACCUGAGAAUCGCCUACUAUUAAAAUAUUCUUACCUUGAUUAGCAGGGUAAUCAGUGGUAUCUUCAGCCUCACUAACCACUGAAGUACACUCGUCUUGGGGAACAGAGAAUCGAUUUCCUACCUUCACAUCUUCUCUAUUAACUCACCUCAUCUUCCUUCUUCCUGAACUGUGAACCACUUGCCACUUAAAGCGGCUACCACUAUCACUGCUGGUGACCAUUCCUUCCUUACCAGCUAAAUCAUUCUCACACUCGCUCCCAAACUCAUCUAUGCGAAGUUUCAGCCUCCUAUUUUCCUCCUGAAGAAGUUGAACCUCCUUCUUCAACACUUUAACCUGAGAUUCUAAAUCACUACAACAAGACAUGGUGCUUGGUAACAGCCCACGCUAACUCCCAAGAGCUUAGGCAGGUAUGACCGCAGGUGACCACUGACCUAAGCAUACUGACCACUGACCUCAGCAAAGAAUCAACAGUAUCACUGUAUACCCACCUGAAUAAACUCACACCUAGUAUCAUAAUGCGAGGAAUCAACAGUAUCACUGUAUACACACCUGAAUAAACUCACAAGUAGUACCAGAAUGUGAAGAAUCAACAGUAUCACUAUAUCCAGUUGAAUAAACUCACACCUAGUAUCAGAAUGUGAAGAAUCAGCAGUAUCACUAUACCAACCCGAAUAAACUCACACCUAGUAUCAGAAUGUGAAGAAUCAACAGCAUCACUGUAUACCCGCCUGAAUAAACUCAUACCUAUUAUCAGAAUGUGAAAAAUCAAGAGUAUCACUGUAUACCCGCCUGAAUAAACUCACACCUAGUAUCACAAUGUGAAGAAUCAACAGUAUCACUGUAUACCCACCUGAAUAAACUCACACUUAGUAUAAGAAUGUUAAGAAUCAGCAGUAUCACUAUACCCGCCUGAAUAAAUUCACACCUAGUUUCAGAAUGUGAAGAAU